ACCAGAGGGAUGUCACAGGCGUUUUACACGACUAAAAAAAAAAAAAAAGAAAAAGGAAAAAGUCAGUAACUGUUAGCAACACUGAGCUAAAGGCUAACCAGUGAAUGAAGGAAACCUGGAGGAAUAAUUGUUUAUAAGUUGUUUUUGUGAAUGAAAUGAGUCUUUUAUCUUCCUCCAGUGUGUUUGGUUGUUGAUUUAAUGCAUCAGUAAGUACAGAAGUGUGCUGUGUUUGCUCAUUGUGAAGGUGUUAGCGCUGUAGCUGCAGUGAAAGUGAAGCUCUGACAGUUUCCAAUGAGGUACAGAGGAGCUCAGAUCUGUCUCCGGGCUCAAGGCUCCCGGCUCUCUGCGCUCGGAUGUCCGCCUGGCAGACUCACUCUGGUCCGAACCUACAGUGCUCACCAUCAGCCUGUCCCCCCUCCUCCACCCACUAACCCCGCCCCUCCUGAUGGGAAGCGUGGAGCCGAGGUGGUGAAGGAGCGUGCCCUGGCUGCCUUACAGCAUGCAGGUGAAUUGGGGCGGCAGUGGGGUCAGAGGUCAGCUCAGACAGCCGCCGCCACUGUCAACUACUGGUGGGAGAGGUAUGAGGAGUUUGUCGGGCUCAACGAGGUCCGCGUGGCCCAGACCAAGGUCACUGAGGCGGAGGCAGCGUUCAUGGUGGCCAGAGGGAUGGUACGAGAGGCUCAUGUUAGCCUGGAGGCCCUGCAGGUCAGGUUGAAGGAGAUCAGAGACCGGCUGGACAGAGUCUCCAGGGAGGAGGCUCACUACCUGGAGCUGGCCACGCUGGAGCACAAACUGCUGCAGGAGGAGCGUCGUCUCCGGACAGCGUACGAGAACGCAGAGGGUUCGGAGAGGGAGAAGUUUAACUUGUUCUCGGCGAGCGUCAGGGAGAGCCACGAGAAGGAGAGGACGAGAGCGGAACGCACCAAGAACUGGUCCGUCAUCGGCUCGGUGCUCGGAGCCCUGAUCGGAGUCAUGGGCUCGACGUACGUCAACCGCGUCCGCCUGCAGGAGCUCAAGACUCUGCUGCUGGAAGCCCAGAAAGGUCCAGAGAGCCUGCAGGAGGCCCUCAGAGUCCAGGCUGGAAACCAUCGCUCCCAGCAGGACGAGCUCCGAACGCUCAUCGACAACCUCAGGGUCGCUCUGAGUGACGCCUUCACGCAGAGGGACAUCGUCGUUCAGAAGAAGAAAGGUCUGACCUCAGACUCACCCACGGUGCCUCUGUCAGCCUUAAAAGACCUCCACAUCAGCGGCCAAAAGACUGAGUCCUUUCUGAAGUCCCUCACGCCACAGCUGGGACAGCUGGAGCAGGGAGUCGGUAGAGUUGAGGGUGAGUUGUCGACGGUGAGGAAGCUGCUGGAGACCAGACCACCGGCUGAACCACAGGCUGCUCAGCUGCAGUUAGCAAAACCAGAGAGACCGGAGAGACCAGUGGUAGAGGCCCAGUGGGAAUCUGAGGCAGUCAUGAGGCAUCUGGAGGAGACCCAGAGGACCCUGGGAGCAAGACUGAGGACCAAUACUCUUUAUAACGCUGUGUUUACCUACACCGCCACCGCCAUCACCAUCUCUGCUGUCUACCUUCUCCUCAGAGGAACUGGUUAGACAGGAUACCUCCAGUUUGAAUAUGUUCUUCAUAUCCACUGUAACACUAUCAGUCACAAGAAAUAAUAAUAAUAAGUUAAUUACGUCAGAAUAGAACGUUUACUUGGUGGGAAGUAACUCAGCUUCAGUAAUAAACUGGUUACAGGUGUUGAUUUGGGCUUUUGAUCUGCUGCUGUUUAUUAAACUACUGAAUCAGAGAGCAACUGUGGUUGCUUCUCAAUGUUUUUAAUUCUGUGAUUCCAGCUAUGCUGCAUUUAGCUGACAGCACUCAGCAAUGUUGGUGUUUGUCAGUUACUGUUAUCUUUAUUUUAAGUGUGAAACAUAAUCAGGUCAUUACUGAAUCAGAUCCCUCCAGAAUAAAACACUGGUACAGGAUAGACACCGUGUUGAUAUGAUGCCACAUGUCAUCAUAGAUGCUGUACAGUUAGUUGGACUGCACUUAUUAAUAAUUUAAUAUAUAAAAUGUCAAAACUCUGUAAAUAAUUCCCAUCACAAUUUCCUGGAGUCUAAGAUUGAGUCUUGAAAUUCCUUGUCCAACAUUGCCAGAAUAACCUGGGCCUCUAUUGGCCAAUCUGUUUGUGGUAAUUAGGUUUAAGAGUAAUGUAUUUAGGAAUAUGCAGCAUUUAAUUUAUGUCACAGGGCCCCUUAAAGACAGAUAAUAAUGCAGGGCUCACCCGGUAUUGUGCCUUACUGGUGCAUAUUCCUCCAGUGAAAUUAAGUAUGAGUCCUUUAGCUCUCCACAGCAGUUGACCAACAGUCAGAAAUGCAAAAAAAUAUUUAAUUCAAAUUAAAAAAAAUCUAAUCAAAUAUUAUAAUUAUUUGCCUAACAACCAUCAGAUCAUCAGUGGAUUGGAUUGAGACAUAGUUUAGCAAUCAGUUAUAACAUGAUCGGUUUAACUGAUGAUGACAAUGUUGAUGAAAUGUAGCCAAACUAGUCCAGUGCCACGUGAGCUUUUAACCUGAAAUAAACUAAAUGUAACUAGAUUCAGUCUGGUCAGUAGAACCUCAGAGGGACCACAUCUUCUGUUCAUGGUCCCUCCUCUGGGAUUCAUUUCCUGUUUCCUCCAAGCUAAAACAGCACAGUUCUCAGACAACAGAUGCACUGUGAGUGGGUUGCAUUGCCACACAUGGAGGAAGAACCCAUCAUGUGAUCAUUUAGAUUUGAUUGAUGGUUUAUAAUUGUGCACAGAUCAGUAUAAACGCCUGAAGGAGCAAUAAUGAGAAUGAAUGAAUCUAUAAGUCUAUAAGGGCCCACAAAGAGCUCUGAGAUGGCCUUUACUUUCCUCACUGCAAUUUAAAUGAAAACUAAAAUUCCCAAAUGUAACCUCAUGAGGACAUGUAGACUGUGUCCGCUGCAGUGGAAUUACUUUUUAAUCUCCUCCUGUACUUGAAUGUGUUGUUUGUUUCCAUGUUGAUGUUGUUGUUGACUGUGUGCACUGAGCUGGAUGAUGAUGUGUAUUAAACUGUUAUAUCGGA